UGAAUGUAAUAACAUAGGCAAAGGCAGGACCUUUGUAUUGUAUUGCAUUGAAGUGAAAACAGAGGGUGGUGCGGUGUCUCUGUUCUUUGGCGCUUUGUCUCUGUUCUUUGGCGCUUUCAUUCGUAAUCUUUCUCAAACACAUCGCACCCUUCUAGUGUUUCUCGCUUUCCUCGGAAACUCUUAAAUCAUUUUCUUGGGUUUUUCUCCUCUGCUCAGUUUCACCACCAUUCACUUCUUCUUCUCCUUUCACCCAAAGCAUCCAAAUGGGGCUGCUGAGCAGUUGCUUCGGGAUUAUCGGUUUUACUCUUGGGAUACCUAUUGGACUCCUCGUCGGCUUCUUUCUCUUUGUCUACUCAGAAACCAAACUCGUCAAGGACCCUGUUGUUAGGCCGAUUAGUGAAUUGGGCCCACAUGCUUUGGAGGAACUUCUACCAGAGAUUCCUCUCUGGGUGAAGACACCUGAAUUCGAACGAAUUGAUUGGUUGAACAAGUUUUUGUCGGAUAUGUGGCCUUACUUAGACACGGCAAUCUGUAAGAUUAUUAGAAGCACGGCACAGCCGAUAUUUUCUGAUUACAUUGGGAAGUAUCAGAUCAAAGCAAUUGAGUUUGACAAGUUAAGUCUUGGUACUCUUCCUCCUACCAUCUGCGGUAUGAAAGUUGUAGAAACAAAUGAAAAGGAAUUGGUGAUGGAACAAGUUAUCAAAUGGGCUGGCAAUCCAAACAUAGUGUUGUCUUUGUAUGUGUCAUCUUUGAAGAUCACCGUUCAGUUGGUGGACGUACAAAUAUUUGCAGCACCACGAAUAACUUUAAGACCUUUGGUGCCUACAUUUCCAUGUUUUGCAAAUAUUGUGGUAUCUUUGUUGGAGAAGCCUCACGUGGACUUUGGGAUGAGAGUAUCUGGAGGGGAUAUCAUGUCAAUACCCGGUAUCUAUAUAUUUGUACAGGAUACAAUAAAAAAACAAGUUGCAAAUCUCUAUCUCUGGCCUCGAACCCUGGAAAUUCCUAUUCUUGAUGAAUCAAUGGUGGUAAUGAAGAAGCCCGUGGGGAUAUUACAUGUGAAUGUGGUUCGUGCUCAAAAGCUCUUAAAGAUGGAUUUGUUGGGAACUUCUGAUCCUUACGUUAAACUAAGUCUUACAGGAGACAAACUUCCAGCAAAGAAAACCACUGUCAAGAGAAAGAAUUUGAAUCCUGUGUGGAAUGAGAAGUUCAAGAUUGUUGUAAAAGACCCUCAAUCUCAAGUUCUUCAAUUACAAGUUUAUGACUGGGACAAGGUUGGUGCACAUGAUAAGCUGGGAAUGCAAUUAGUCCCUCUGAAGGUUCUUAAGCCGUAUGAGAAUAAAGAGUUCACACUGGAUUUACUGAAGGACACAAAUCUGAAUGAAACUCCAAACAAGAAGCCUAGAGGGAAAAUUGUGGUGGAUUUGACUUUUGUUCCUUUCAAAGAAGACAGCAGCAAGUUUGGUGGACCUUCUGAAGGAUAUAGCAGGAAGGAAAGUGGAAUCGAUGUUGUAUCCGAUGAUGAAGUUCAAGAAGGAGCAGGUUUGCUUUCAGUUGUUAUAAUAGAGGCAGAAGAGGUUGAGGGGGAACAUCACAACAACCCAUUUGCAGUGCUCACCUUUAGAGGGGAAAAGAAAAGAACAAAGAUGAUGAAGAAAACUCGUCACCCGCUAUGGAAUGAAGAAUUCCAAUUCAUGCUAGAGGAGCCUCCUCAACAUGAGAAGAUACACAUUGAGGUCCUGAGCAGGAGGAAGAACUUGAGUUUUCUGUCAAAGCAAGAAAGACUGGGGCAUGUGGAGAUUAACCUUAGGGAUGUGGUGCACAAUGGUCGCAUUAAUGACAAAUACAAUCUUAUAAAUUCAAGGAAUGGAGUGAUGCAUGUUGAGAUAAGAUGGAAGGUGGUUUAAGAAAUCAAACUAUAUACCGGAGUUCACAUAUCUACAACACAUUUUCUCUUUUCCACCAACAUUUUUGGUACAGAUAUCUGUAUAUAUAUAUAU